AUGAGAAACAGGGCCACUAACACCUUGUCAAAAGGCAAAAUCCGUCAAUCAUGGAGCAAAUACAACCUGUAUAACUUGCAGCAAUUCCGCAGCCCGCCCACCACCAACCGCACAUUCUUCCAGCAAAAAUGGUCUGCAAAGGCUGUCUCUCGCGCCUACCACGGUGAGCAGGUUGGUGAGGGCCAAUGGAAGCGUAUGUUCAACCAUCGCAUCCGCAGCGUCAUCCCCAUGAAUACUUCCGACUUGGCUGCCGACGAUGGAUCUCUCUUCUCAUCUGGUCGUGGCUCUGGACUCGACAAGGAAGGAAAGCCUGCUUUCCAGGCCCGUCCGACACCGUACACAUCGAUGGCCUUCGCACCCCUGGAACGCCGAUUGGACGUCGCCAUCUUCCGCGCUUUGUUCGCCAGCAGUGCCAGACAGGCCAGGCAGUUUGUCAUCCAUGGAGCAGUUACUGUGAACGGACAAAAGAUGCGACACCCUAGCUAUCUCCUUAACCCCGGUGACCUCUUCCAGGUUGAGCCAGAUCGCGUUUUGUUCGCUACCGGUACCCCAAAGACUAAGCUCGAGCGCCGUGAGGGCCGUUUGGCUCAGCGCAAGGAACCCGAGGCCGAAGAGGCCACUGAGGCCGAGCAAGUCGAGGCAGAGCCUACAGAAACCCCGAACACCAAAGAGACCCUUAAGGGUCUGUUAUCUCAAGCCAAGACUAUCAUGUCCACCGACAAGGACACCCUCCCCGCCAAGCGCAAGCAAGAACUUCGUGGCUUCCAAAAGGCCGUUCGCCGCGUCCUAUCCCGAUCCGAGUCCUCCAACGUCCUCACAGACAAUCUGGAGGCACAAUUCUCGCAGUUGACGCUCCUGCUUAACGCCAAGCGCAGCGAAAAGAAGCAACCCAAGGAUACCAAGAAAGACAAGCAACUCAGCGAAGAGGAAACCCCUGCCACGGAUGCCGCCACGGAUGCUGCCGCCAGCGACAAGCUUUCCGAGGCCUUCGCGCAAGCCACUCUUGGUGAAGAGGUGGACGCUUCCGAGCUCAGCGACGAAGAAUUCGACACCCUCAGGCGUGCUCUUACUCAAAUGCGCGACAACCCCAUCGACAACACCAAGCCCUACGCUACUCCCUGGCGGCCACGUGAUUAUAUGUCUGCUUUCGCCUUCAUUCCUCGUUACCUCGAAGUCAACCAGAACAUCUGUGCGGCCGUUUACCUGCGUCAUCCUGUGGCGCGCCCGGGCUCUGCGGAGGUUCCUACUCCCUUUGGUGAGUCCAUUGCGACCCCGGCAUACGGCUGGUACUUGAGGAGACGGUGGUAG